UCACUUACGCCGUCUGAAGCACAACUCGAGGCUCGGCUGUGUGUCGUGUGAAGAAGUGUGAAAGCUGCCCGUCUUCCCACCAGGGAAUCGUCGGAAAUACUCCUUUCUGAUCUCACGCAGCACUCCUAUGUCGCGGUCCGCAGCUCUGAAGGCAAUUCUUAGCUCUCGAAUGCCUCUGACGGUGAGGAUAGACUCAACACUUGACAGCACACCAACGCCAGCGCCCGCAUUUGCCACUGCAUACAGACACACCAGAUAGUCAGACGAGUCGGGCACCUUCACUGUCAUUUCCGUCCGGCUUACCGUACAGACGUAGCCGCACGGUUUCGAUCUCGGGCAGCUGGUCCUUCUCAUUGCCCCACAUCAGCUCUUCUCCGCCCACACCGUCCACAUCGGCCGUAAUGCUCAUCUCGAUGAGCGCCUUCUCUGGCCCAGCCGCCCGAAGCAUGGCCACCACAUCAGUCGUCGUGACCCGGGACGAGUCCGAUGAGACCGAGAACACCGCCACUCUGUCGAGCUGCGGCAUCUUUGUGACCAGCAGAGACCCGACCUCCCAAGCCCCACGGCCGUCAACAUGCAGACGUCUGGCUGCGGGGAACGCAUCAGCUGACAUGUUGUGCAGGACGGCGGGGGUUGGCAGGGGGGCCGCUGUGGCGCCGAGGGGGCUGACCGACACUUCCACGGUGUGCGCCGAGGGGAAGUGCAGAGUGUGGAAGAGGUCCAUCUCGGCUCGCGUGGGAAUAUCAAGCAGCACCAGCUCCUCGGGGCGGGAUGCGUCGACUUUCCACUCGACGGUCGUGGCCCGGCUGGCGAUGCGGCUGAAUGUGUUGGUGAAGAGGGGCGAAGGGCUGGCCGGCACUGUGGCGGGGAGGUGGAGGUGGAGCUGCAUUUCGUCUGGCAGGUGUGGCGUUUCGAUGGAGAUGUCUGUGUGGGUGCCGAGCGCCGCCCGCAGGCGAUCGACUGCCGACAGGAGGCGAGGAGCUCACGGGAGUCGACAGUGCUCUUAUCGAUCUCGAUCUCGAGCACGAAGGGGAUAGAGCGGAUCGACCGGCACUUGUGGCGCACCAGCAGAUCCUGAGGGAAGGAGAGCAUCGGACAUGGUGACUAAGGCUGUCUCUUUAUGGGGGUCAUUUCUUACCCGAAGUCUGUCCAAAUCAAACGCCAACGCAAACCCACAAGAGAGCUGAAUUUCGAGGGUGCCGAUGGUCUCGAGUGCGGCCGGCCGCUUUACCGUUGGCAGCACCGCCGCCAUCACACCCAUGCUCGUGCACACAUCGAGGCACUUGAGGCGCUCGGACGUGGGGAUAAACAUGCCCGCCAAGCAUCCGUUUCUGUCCCUCCAGUCGCCCGUCAGCCGCUCGAGUGCCGGCAUGCGCCACUGCCUGACGUAUAUAUCCCAGACCUGCUGUCCGUGGAGGCCGACGAUGGUGGUCAGCGCAGGAAUGGUGAUGAGGGCGGGGAGUGCCGUGGUAUAGAGAUCCGGAAAGUAAGUGGAGUGAGUAAAGCGGGCUGGUGGACGAGCGGCAAGUCCCUCGAAGAUGAUGGUGUGGAGCGAUCCUUUGUCGGUCGGGCCGUGUUGCUUGGUAAUGGGCUCGCCGGUGCUGCUGGCCCGCUGCCUCCUCUCCCUUCUCGCCAGUGCUUCGCGGCCCUCUACGUGCCCCUCGACAAUGGACACCCACGCCACGUGUGACCACGACGGAUCGCCUGAGGGAUAGCGCACCACCAGCGUCUUGAGGUUGACCAGCCGCCGCCCCAGCCUGCGGGCUACGUUAUGGGGCAUCCGAUCCCACAUCCGCGCAUCGUCAUCGGCCCAGUGGAUGGCGUAGCGCCCGGUAGAGGACGGCGACAGCUGCAUGGUGCCCUUGCUGAGGAGGCGAUGGCCGAGCUGCCAGGGGGGCGAGAAGCUCAUGACGUGGGACAGCUCCAGCGGUGAUAUGCGAUACUGAGCCUGACAUACAGACCACACAAAUGCAGAAAAGCAAAUGGAAAGGAUCACUUCGUUAAUGUCGUUAGAAUCGGCGGGAUACGUACCGGUCCGUCGUUGUAUGCCGGUAUGUCGCCCCUCUGGACCAAACGGAACAAGUUGCCCUCCAGCCGCGGGUCGUGCUGUACACAUCACACAGGCCGUGCAGGGAAUGUCAUUGCCAAUCCGCCCCCUGCCAGUUAUUUCCGUGUGCCUGCCUGGAAUCUUAUGGUCUGUAGCGUUGAAAAGCCGCGCGACACGGCAGCUUUGGCGUCGUCCAGGGCAUCACUCAGCUGCUGGUACAGCGACUGGAGGGGCUGAAUGAAUGCCACACAGCAAAGUGACAAUGUAACGAUGACGGCCUGCCGUAUCGAUGUCGGUUCUGACCUCAUCCAUGAUGAGCUGCGGCGGUGCAGCCUGCACCGCAACGAGCAUCUGAAGGCACCGACACAGCGGAGGACCACUCAUGGCAGCCUAUUAUACACUGUCCAGAGGACACACACAUGAAAUCACCUGGGAGAGCAUCGUGACGAACUCCACGCCCUUCGCCGCCUGAUGAAAUGAAACAUCGCCAGGAGGAAAGUGGAUGCUGCUGUCGGCGUGGCACACGAGUUUGAGUGGCGUGGAGGUUCACCUGCUCAGUGCCUUGAUCAUUAUCGUGAUGCGAUGCUCCUGCCUCCAUGGAUCCCUCCCGCCGUGAGUCACUGAGAUGCGAUCGAUGCUGCCAUGAGCUGAAAGGAACAGAGCAGAAAGCAACAACAGCAGAGUGGUGACGAGCGUUUGUUCCUUUCGGUGCUCAAGGCCCUCGCUGCGAACGUUGCUCCGUCCAUCUCACACUCAUCUCAUCUCACCUUUGGCAAUUAAGUCCUUCGAGUACAAUCCUUCCAGUGCGACGCAU